AGCGCUGGACAAACAUUCCUUUGUUAGUAAAAAUCUUAAAAUUAAUAAUAAAUGAACUCUCUAAUGCAAUGGAAGCAAAUGCAUCUAGACAGACAACUGCAGAUUGGAGCCAAGAUGAUUCAAAUGAUAUGUGGGAGGAUCAGGAAGAGGACGAGGAUGAAGAUGAAGGCUUAGCAGGACAGUUCCUAUCAGAUAUUCUUUCCACAAACAAGUAUGAUGACGAUUACUAUGAAGAUGAUGAAGAGGAUGAUCCAGAUGCAUUAAAGGACCCUCUUUACCAAAUAGAUCUCCAGGCCUAUCUCACCGAAUUCCUGUGCCAGUUUGCCCAGCAGCCCUGCUAUGCCAUGUUCUCCGACCACCUCAACGACAACGAGAAGCGAGUGCUUCAGGCCAUUGGGAUUUAGACCCACUCCGGAGACCAGACCCAUCAGAUCUGCACAACAGGUUACCUUUGGCUAAUUCCACGUUUUAUGAUUGAACAUAAAACAUUUUCCAGUGUCUGCCUGCCCGUUCCAGGUGGACCACGGCCUCGUGAUGUAUUUGAGCCUCAUCUUAACACGAGUCUGCUGAGGGAGGGGAUCCCGAGAAAGCAGCAAGGACGUUGCACAUCCGUCUCACCAUGGGAGCACUUUCAUUUUCCACAGUAACUUUCCAGGAAGUUCUUAAAGAUAAA